AGUGUUAACACUGCGAAGAGAAGCAUCAAAAUGAGUGGGCGUGGCAAAACCGGAGGCAAAGCCAGAGCUAAGGCUAAGACCCGUUCAUCCCGUGCCGGGCUCCAGUUCCCAGUGGGUCGUGUCCACAGGCUGCUGCGCAAAGGCAACUAUGCGGAGCGCGUGGGUGCCGGCGCCCCCGUCUACCUGGCAGCUGUGCUCGAGUACCUGACCGCUGAGAUUCUCGAGCUGGCUGGCAACGCAGCCCGCGACAACAAGAAGACUCGUAUCAUCCCACGUCACCUGCAGCUGGCCGUGCGCAACGACGAGGAGCUCAACAAGCUCCUUGGCGGAGUCACCAUCGCCCAGGGUGGUGUGCUGCCCAACAUCCAGGCCGUGCUGCUGCCCAAGAAGACCGAGAAGCCCGUCAAGGCCAAGUAAAUGCCAAAGGCUCUGCUUCACGCACCAA